GUGCAGGAGGAGCACCACUGCCCGUGCAGGCAGCUGGGAGCAGCAAGCGCAGGAGCCCUGCUAAGCUCAGCCAUCAUCUUUGCAAUCUGGCAGCCUUCGCUUCUGUGCCUUUCUUUACCACGUAUAGCACUGAGAGAGACUUCUCCCUUUUCCUGACUCCUUUCUGCCUGGCAUGAGGAAGGGUCGAUUCUUUCGUAAUGCUGCCGGUAGCCUACAGCUGCAUCUUGGCUUCAGAAAGAUGAUGGGUUAUAGCAGCAAUGUAGCGAUUUAUUGUUGAUGGAGAGACAGUACAGGUCACAGGACGGCUGUUGCCAGCCCGUUUGGAGACUAAACAAACGAUUUGCUGUGCGUUGCAAAAUGACUGAUGAACUUCACUGGCUCCCUCCUUUUCAGGCUACCAUGGAGCUCCUGGGAAUGACCACUAUUUUCUUGCUGGCCUGCAUUUCAUGCCUUCUUCUCUUAGCCACAUGCAGAAGCAUAUCGCAAAAAGAGAAGCAGCCUCCUGGUCCCAUCACACUCCCCAUUAUUGGAAGCGUACUCCACCUGAACCCGUGGAACUUGCCUGAAAGCUUGAAGAAGCUCAGCAAGAAGUAUGGUCCUGUCUUCACAAUACAUUUAGGGCCACAAAAGGUUGUGGUGCUGUAUGGCUAUGAUGUUGUGAAAGAAGCUCUGAUUGAUCAAGCAGAUAACUUCAGCGGAAGAGGCAAUCUACCACUGCUUAAAAAACUCUUCCAAGGAAAAGGCAUUGUGACCAGCAACGGGGAGACCUGGAAGCAGCUCCGACGAUUUGCGCUCACUACCCUGCGGGAUUUUGGGAUGGGGAAGAAGAGCAUCGAGGAGCGAAUCCAGGAGGAAACUCAUUUUCUGGUGGAGAGGAUCAGGAACAAACAUGGGCAUCCCUUCAACCCUGGUAACUUCCUAAUUCACGCUGUUUCCAAUAUCAUCUGCUCCAUCGUCUUUGGGGAUCGGUUUGACUAUGAUGACAAGAAAUUUCUAUCUUUAAUUGAGUUGCUAGACGAAAACAACAAGCUUCAGACCUCUCUACAAGCACAGCUAUACAAUUUCAUCCCAGCUGUCAUGGAGAAUUUACCUGGGCCUCAUCAAAAAAUGAUAAAAAAUAUUGAAAAGGUUGAUCAAUUUACUUUAGAAAUUAUAGCAGAACACCAGCAAACCCUGGAUCCCACUUGUCCUCGAGAUUUUAUUGAUGCUUUUCUUAACAAAAUGGAACAGGAGAAAGAGAACGGUCACUCAGAAUUCACCGUUGAGACCUUGAGCAGGACCACGCUUGACUUGUUCCUUGCAGGAACAGGGACCACCAGCCUCACACUGAGACACGGACUCCUGAUUCUCCAGAAAUACCCAGAGAUAGUAGAGGGAAUUCAAAAGGAGAUUGACUGCGUGAUUGGCCGGGACCGAAGCCCCUGCAUGGCAGAUCGGAGCCAGAUGCCCUACACAGAUGCUGUGGUCCACGAAAUCCAGAGAUUCAUUGAUUUCCUUCCAUUUAACGUCCCACAUACUGUGAUCAAAGACACCAAGUUCAGAGGCUAUUUUAUCCCCAAGGACACUAUGAUAUUCCCCACACUGACUUCCAUCCUACAUGAUAGAAAGGAAUUUCCAAAUCCAGAAAAAUUUGACCCGGGACACUUCCUGAAUGCAAAUGGUACCUUUAGAAAGAGCGACUACUUCAUGCCAUUUUCUGCAGGAAAACGCAUCUGUGCAGGGGAAGGUCUGGCCCGGAUGGAGAUAUUCAUAUUUUUAACAGCCAUCCUGCAGAACUUUACUUUGAAACCUGUUGUGAAUCACAAGGACAUUGACAUUUCCCCGCUAGUCAGGACCCUGGUAAAUAUUCCCCGACCUUACGAGGUCUCUUUUCUUCCGCGUUAGCCAAGCGAAGACAGCUGCCAUCUCCCAAGCUCAUGAAAGCUCCAGUUGAAUGACAAUCAUUUCCCAGUCUGCGGAGGCUGAAAGUCCCAUCAUUUGCUAGAUACUUUAUGGAGGGAAACAUGCUUAGGAAAGAAAAUUGUAUGGUGCUUUUAUAAUCACCACAGCCAGCUCUAGAGACAGAGUAGGCAGUCGCACGGGGAAGGACACAGCUCCCUGUGCAAAAUUAUCCAGUCUCUCCCCUGCACCUACCUCACCUAGCCGAGGCUCCCACCUGGCUCCUGACAUCCUGACGUGUCAGGGUGUGGGGACUAGCGCUCCGAGAGCCCUGCUGCUGCGCUCCCUGUCGCUUGAGCCUCCCAGCACAGCAGGAACAAACGCUUGUACCCCAGGGUUUCCAGAGACUCUGCCUGAGGUACCGCGCUCCUCUGUAUUUUGUUGGUUUGUGACCUGUUUGUAAAGGUAAGCAUAAAACAGUGGGGGGUUUUCUGUUAGAAGAUGAUAAUCUACUGUAUUCCUGUGGUGGGGAUGGAGUUUAUCAAUGACUGGGCAGAUGGGGCCUCUCCUGUGUGAUUAUAAUGAAGGUUUGUGAAAUUACAAUGUAUAUUGCAAAAUAAAGUAGUAGUGCACCGAA